CUGAGAGCCAGCAACCCCUCUUCUUCAGAUCCAAUAAAAAAAAAAAACAAAACAGAAAAAAUCCCACAGCGAAAAAAAUAAUAAUAUCAAAUGAAGAAGAGCAGCCCAUGGGUGGCGGUUACGGUGUUGUUGUGUCUCUCCGUCGCGGCGGUGGUGGUGCAGGCGGAGGAUCCCUACCUUUUCUUCGAGUGGAAAGUGACGUUCGGCACCAUCUCCCCCUUUGGUGUCCCCCAACAAGCUAUUCUCAUCAAUGGUAAAUUGCCGGGUCCUAGGAUCAAUGCCACUUCCAAUAACAACGUUGUGGUUAAUGUGUUUAACGAGUUGGAUGAGCCUUUGCUGUUCCAAUGGAAUGGGAUCCAGCACCGCAAGAAUUCUUGGCAAGAUGGCAUGCCCGGAACCAAUUGCCCUAUCAUGCCCGGAACCAACUUCACCUAUCAUUUCCAGGUGAAGGAUCAGAUCGGCACUUAUUUCUACUUCCCCUCCACCGGCAUGCUACGCGCUGCCGGUGGCUAUGGCCCGCUCACCAUUCACAGCCGUCCCCUCAUCCCCGUCCCCUUCGACUGGCCCGCCGAUGAAUUCCACAUCUUUCUCAGUGAUUGGUACAAUAAGGGCCACAAGGGACUGAAGAAACUCCUCACCGAAGGUCGAUCUAUUGCCCGGCCUAACGGGAUCACUAUCAAUGCCAAGCACGGCAGCGUGGGGGACAAGCUCGAGCCCAUUGCGACCAUGGAGAAAGGGAAGACCUACAGGUUUAGGGUUUGCAAUGUGGGGUUGAGGACCUCCAUCAACUUCCGGUUCCAAGGCCACUCCAUGAAGCUGGUGGAGCUCGAAGGCUCACACGUUGUUCAGAACGAUUACGACUCGAUGGACAUGCAUGUGGGACAUUGUCUCGCGGUCCUCGUCACGGCAGACCAAGAGCCUAAGGAUUAUUACUUGGUGGCCACCAGUAGGUUCUUUAAGGAGACCUACUCGAGUGUGGCCCUUAUUAGCUAUGCCGGUGGCAAAGGCGUCCCACCAGCGUCCGAGCUGCCCCCACCCCCACCCGAAGGCAUCCCGGGGAUCGCAUGGUCCAUGAACCAAUUCAGAUCAUUCAGGUGGAACUUGACCGCUAGCGCGGCCCGCCCCAAUCCUCAAGGCUCGUACCAUUACGGUCAGAUCGAGAUCACCCGCACCAUCAAGUUAGUGGCCAGCAAGAGCCACGAGGGGGACAAAGUCCGGUACGCCAUCAACGGCGUGUCCCAUGUGGACCCCGAAACCCCAUUGAAGCUGGCCGAGUACUUCCAAGUCCCGGAGAAAGUUUUCAAGUACGACAUCAUGAAAGACAACCCCCCGGAGGAUCUCACCAAGGUGACCGUCGCCCCUAACGUCGUGAACGCCACCCACCGCAACUUCGUGGAAAUCAUCUUCGAGAACCACGAGAAGACCAUCCAGAGCUACCACAUCAACGGGUACUCGUUCUUCGCGGUGGCCAUCGAGCCAGGGAAGUGGUCGCCGGAGAAGAGAAAGAAUUACAACUUGGUGGAUGCGGUGUACCGGUUUAACAUCCAAGUGUACCCCAACAGCUGGGCCGCCGUGAUGACCACCUUGGACAACGCGGGAAUGUGGAAUGUGAGGUCACAAAUGUGGGAGAGGUUUUACUUGGGACAACAAUUCUAUUUCAGCGUCCUCUCCCCCGCACGCUCUCUCAAAGAUGAGUACAAUAUUCCAGACAAUUACACACUAUGUGGUAUAGUCAAGGGCUUGCCCAAGCCAGCUCCAUACACCAUCUAAUUUAUUUAUACUCCCUUAUUAAAAAUUUUAUUUAUAUAUCGGGCAGGGUUAGACCAACAACCAACCUUAUAGUCUACUCUAUAUGAACACGCACCCCGCAGCAACAAAUGAUGUAUUAAUUUAUUAUUAUUAUUAUUAUUAUUAUUAUUAUGUAAUCCCAUUUCCUUUAUAUAUGUUACCUUGAAUAAAGACUUCUGU